AUGUCGUUGGCCGCGAUCACAGGCACCCCCAUAGCCAUCGACCAUGUGCGCGGGAACAGGAAAGGGGGCCGUGGUGGGGGUCUCAAAGCCCAACAUGUGUCAUGCAUUAAAUGUCUAGCUGAGGCAACCGCUGCAGAAACUACAGGGUGUAUCGUGGGGAGCAAAACCAUCUCGUUCCGCGCAAGGCUAUCACCCACGCAGCUGGUCAGCCGGAACAUCAAUGUCAAGGCAGACUCCGCGGCCAGCAUCCUGCUUGUGUUCCAGUCUCUUCUCCCGUUCCUGCUCUUUGCCGGAGACGAGGAAGGUUCCCCCAUCACAGUCGUGAUACAGGGCGGGACCAAUGUGAGCUUUUCUUUGUCUUUCGAAUACCUCGAUCAGGUCCUCUUACCCUCCCUAGAGAGGUUCGGCAUCAAAGUCGAGCGCAAACUGGAAUACCGCGGCUGGUCUCAUGGCACACCCCAGGUAGGCUCUGCGAAGUUCAAAGUCACACCUCUUCCUCUAGGACAGCCUUUAGCAGCACCAAAAUGGCCAUCAGAGCGCGGUACAAUCACCAAUAUUGAUAUUACUAUAAUUGUUCCUCGGCAUGUGCAGGACUCGCUCAAAAAGGCCCUUCUCUUCGAGCUCAACCUGGUAUUUCCAGAUGUAGAGACAAACUUCCUGCUCGUCGAAGACAGCAGGCACAAUGCCCGCAUCUACACUCUCCUCGUCGCGCACACCUCCACCGACCUCCGCUUCGGUCGGGACUGGCUAUACGACAGGAGAACCAGAGACAAGUCCUCUGACGAUCUAAGCGUGGAGAUCGCCAAAAGAGUAGUCGAUCAACUGGAUGCCGAGGUGAGGAAAGGAGCACUUGUGGAUGAACACCUCCAAGACCAAUUGAUCAUCUUCCAAGCCCUAGCAGAAGGUCAAUCCAACAUUCCUGGCUCCUUGGAAACGGCUACCUCUGACAGACAGCGUGUCGAGAGAGCCGAUGAGCCUUUCGGAGACGGAAGCACUCAUACUACCACAGCGAGAUGGGUGACUAGCCAGCUCUUGCCAACGGUGGUAUGGAGGGACCGUGGCAGGUUGUGCGAAGGCGUUAAAUGGAAGACAUCUACUUCAACGGUGGAGUCUGUUAGAGAAGCCUUGGUGCCUCUUCAUAUCACAUAA